AAAACACGAGGUAUUAAAGGACCAUUGACAUUUUUUUUCUUCCGCAGAAGAUCUUGUGAAUGCUGGACUUCUCAAAAGGACUGUUUUCUCACAAUAAAAUAAACUACACCCACAGGAGAAGACAUUCCAUGGUUUAUUUCCAGACUCUAAAAGGAUUAAAAAUGUUCUCCAUGUUUGUUCCCAGAAGAAAUUUAUCCAUUUGUUUGCAGUAAAAAGAGGAAGUGGUGCUGCCCUGCUCUCCUGCUAAGUGAGUUUCUGGCUUCAAUAAAAGAAUAAAAAAAAAUGUUGGUGAAGGGAACAGUUUUUGACUUGUACUUUGAACUUCAUGACAUGAAGUGUGUAAAUGAUUUGUUUUUAUUUUUAACAGGAGGGAGCAGAAUGUGCUCGUUGGACCACGCCAAAAACAAGCUUUAAGGUAAAUAUUUAAACACUGCAUAUGCAAGAAUGUCCUUGAUAACUACAUGGAUUUUCCAACUAAUGUCUCUUUCUUGGCCACAGUUUGGAGCAUAAUGGACUAUGAACCUUUGUCUGAAUUGGAUUGAAACGAAUACAACAUAUCAGCGACAUAACAUCACUUUGUGAAUGACGGAGCAUAAUGGACAAUCUAAACCCGCCUGUCUUCAAUCAGAAUUCUCUUGUGUGCUAUGAAUCCAUCAACGGAUCUUGCUCGAGGAUUUCACGACCUUUGAAUGUCCAGAUCUCCAUGUUUUUUGUCAUGGCAAUUACCAUCCUGAUGACUUUGAUGGGAAAUAUAUUGGUUAUAAUUUCAAUAGCACACUUCAAGCAGCUCCACACACCAACCAACCAUUUAAUCCUGUCUCUGGCCAUGUGUGACCUCUUGUUGGGGGUUUUUGUAAUGCCGUUAAGCUCCAUGCGAUCAGUAUACGGUUGCUGGUACCUCUCAGACUUUAUGUGUAAGGUACACACAGGAAUGGACAUUAUGUUGAGCACGGCGUCCAUUUUUCACCUCACGUGUGUGUCAGCGGAGCGGUUUUGUGCUGUGUGCAGCCCGUUGACGUAUCGUUCUCGCUUUCGUUCUGCCACCGUGCUGUUUCUGGUCUCAGCUAGCUGGGUCAUUUCUGCAGUAUUUGCCUAUGCCUUGGUGUUUGGAGAACUCAACUUCAAAGGCAAUGAAGAUUUUUAUGAGUCCUACAUACGCUGCGUGGGAGGUUGUCACGUCUUUUUUAGCCAUGGCUCAGCCGUGGUUACCUCGAUGGUCUCGUUUUUCAUCCCUGGCUUAAUUAUGUUUGGCAUCUAUUCCAGGAUUUAUAUCGUUGCUAGAAGCCAAGCGAGAUCCAUCGACAUUUUGGCCAAUCAGCUCAGGGUGCACAGUCCCAGACCUGGAGUAUUCAGGUACCGGACAAGGAAAGGUACAAUGACUCUUGCCAUCGUGGUUGGAGUUUUCCUCAUCUGCUGGAGUCCAUUUUUCCUCUGCAACAUCACUGACCCUUUUGUUGAUUACACAAUAUCACCAGUGCUAAUUGAUGCCCUGGUCUGGUUUGGAUAUUUGAACUCUGCACUGAAUCCCUUCAUUUAUGCAUUUUUGUACCCUUGGUUUAGAAAAGCUGUAAAGAUCAUUGUCAGUGGAGAAGUUUUUCACAGGAACAGUUGCAGAUUUCAGCUCUACUCAUGAUUAAAACAUAAAGACAUCUGGGAGAAACAUUUUCUCUAAGUGCUUUUUCACUAAUAUGGUCCUGAUGUAUGUCUUUUCGCCAUAAAUACAUGCUGGUUCUCAGACAGAAAAAUUGGUUCUGUUCUUCAUUAACUUGCUGGACAGGAACCAAGGAAGCAGAGGUGUCAGGGCCAGAGGGCGAGGCCUUUAUGUCAGCAUGACAGCAAACAAAAACAACAUCACAAUGGUCUGAGAAAGAAGCAUCGAGCCAUUGAGCGUGACAUCUUAAUGCCAAAACAUAUGGUAGUGUGUUGAAUUAGUUGCUUCUGUAAACAUAUGGUUAAAAUCAGGGAAACAAAAAUGAAAACUGGAAAUGAAUGGAACAAAAGUGCCACAGAAACUGUAAUCAUCCUUCUUAUCUGAGAUCUCUGUUACUGUUUAGUUAUGUUUUUCUUUUUCUUUUUUUUCUUGUCUAGCCAAUUGUUUUAUUAUUUCUGUUUUACCUUCAAACUCCUAAAUGUUUUUAGAUCAUCAUGUCUUGCAUGAUUUUAUUCAGUGUAUAAUUUUCCAUGCACUGUACAGCACUAUAAAUAAAGUUACAUGGCUUCAGUUCGUGAACAUAGAAACAACGUAAAUGAAUCAUAUUAUAAAUGUUUUCUCAACAUAAAAUCUCAUUAUGUAAAGUUUUCAUUAGCCAAGCCUUGUUCUUGAUUAACUAGUUAACCCAGACUAGAGACAGGCUUUCUGACUAGCUAGCUAAUUAAACACACACACAAAAAAAACCCAGCAAUUAUUUAUUUGAUAUUUUAAGUACAGACAUAUGCGUGCAAUUCUUAAUGCUUUACUUCACAGCCCUAAUUCAACAACCACAACUGCCGAGUCUGAUAGAUUUUUAAACUUAUUUUAUUAUUAUUUAUUACGAUACAUUAGGUGUACUUACAGCCUCUGGAAAAGGUACGUAAUUAACUUUUUUUUUCACUUUGCUUAGUAAUAUAAGAACAAAAAAAAAAAAUUUAUUGACAGUAUU